UGCAGGACACCUCGUGGGGCGGGACGGGGAGGUCGGAGUCAGGGAGCACGCAGGGCCACCUGUUGCGGCGGCCGGCUGGCUGCCGAGGAGGCUCCGGCCCCAGGGUCCCGCGCUCGAGGACUGCCCCGGGGCUGCAGCGCGCACCCAGUCGGCCCAGCUGCCCAGGCUUCCGCCGGGUCAGCUGACCGUCCAGUGCGGAACUGCGCGCCGCCGCCGCCACCGCUGCUGCGCUCAGGGGGCUCGGGGCCACCAUGGCUGGGCUCAUGGUCAGUGGAACUCAAGUGUCCUACACAGGCCAGGACUGCAGAGAAAUUCCAGAACACCUUGGCAGGGACUGUGGACAUUUUGCAAAGAGGCUUGAUCUGAGCUUCAACCUUCUGAGACUGCUUCAAGAAAGCAGACUUCCACCCAUUCAAAAUGAGGACUGCCCAUUGCCCAUCCCAGCCAGGUCACUGGAAGGACUGCGCGCAUUCAGGAGCCUGGAAGAACUCAUCCUGGACAACAAUUUGCUCGGGGACGAUCUCGUGUUGCCAGGGUUACCCCGGCUCCACACCUUAACACUCAACAAGAACCGAAUCACUGAUUUGGAGUAUCUGCUUGAUCACCUGGCAGAAGUGACACCGGCUCUGGAGUACCUCAGCUUGCUGGGUAAUGUGGCUUGCCCCAAUGAGUUGGUCAGCUUGGAAAAAGAUGAGGAAGACUACAAGAGAUACAGAUGCUUCGUUCUGCAUAAGCUGCCUCAGCUGAAGUUUCUGGAUGCCCAGAAAGUAACGAGAGAAGAACGAGAGGAGGCAUUGCUCAGAGGAGCCUUCAUGAAGGUGGUGAAGCCUAAGCCUUCCAUUGUGGACGCAGAUGCCUCUCAGGAGCACCGGUACACACCUCUGCCUUCUGCUUCCAGAGAACUCACCAGCCACCGAGGUGUCCUGGGCAAGUGUCGCUAUGUUUACUACGGGAAAAACUCUGAGGGCAACAGGUUCAUCCGAGAUGAUCAGCUCUGAAGACAAACUCUAUGUGCCUUUACCUGUUUUUGUGAAAAUAAAAGGAAAAGGGAAGCAAAAAUAAAAAGCCAAAGAAAGAAGCCACGACCUGCCUCGCAUCUCUGGGGGAGGGCUGCGGCUUCCUUGCUUGGUGCCUCGUGCUGACUUGGCCAGGCUCGUCAAGAUCAUCCUUUUGCCUUACACUGAGUGGUCACAGAGAGAUUGACAUGAUUGCCCUUAAGCAGGUCUCAUCUACCAGGGUGACAGACAGCAGCAGUGAAGCACCAGGGCUGACAGCAUGAACACCAUGAUAAAUUGCCUGGUCCCCUCACUGCUCACAGGGGAGCAAAGGUCGCACCUGGGGCCUCCCUGAGCAGGCUCGCUAGCCGCAGUCUAGGGAGAGAGAACCGUCUUCUGCUUGCCUGCUAAGUCGAGAUCCCUCUGAUGGUAUUCUGCUGUGGUUUCUUUUUAGUGGAAUAGUCUUAGUUUAGGGGAAAGACACAUGUAUUCUGCAUAUGCCCAGCUCCUAUGCCUGCCCAUCUUCCCUCUCCAGUGCAUUUACAGCAUCUUUAACACAGAUGAUUUUGCCAUGUGCAGUUUUCAGAGACUAGCAAGGACAACCUCUCAGCCAGGUCAUACAGUUAUGGCCAGCUUCAUGCUGCUAUAUUUGAUUCAAUUGUUUUCCCUAAAUCCCUGACUGUAAAAACAAGGGCUUUAUCUUAUUUCAUUUAUUUCCAGAUCUGCUUCUUGCCUUAAACACAAUACAGCAAGAGGCAUCUUGCCCAGCGUGAGAGUUUGGUUGCACCAGGGACUCUUAUUUAUUUUUAACCAUGCAUACUUCCAGCUAUGCCUGUGGCCAUAUUUGUGCUGGGGGCUGGUUUACUCCUUCGGGUGCUAUUUAAAAGUAGUGAGGUGAUGAAAGACAGAGCAAUGGGUCAGGAGGUUGGAAAACAAAAUGAAGAUGAUAGAAAAUACCCACCAGACCACAUGGUUUUUAUAGAAGGCACAAAACUUUUGAAUUUCAUGUUUUUUUUCUCAGAAACUCUCAGAAAUUAGAGCCACAGCUUAGGAGACAUUGGUGUGUUGCUGUGUAUCUUAGGCUGUAUUCUAGUGUCAAUGUCAGGAGGGAAAUAAACCCCAUCAUGCUAGUUGGAUGACUACCAUUUAUUGAACUUAGGUGCCCAGGUUAAAGGACUCCACAAGAUACUGGGAAAACUGGUUGCUGUUUGACACAAUAGCAUUUAUUUUUGCUUCUUAUAUUUGGGCCAGAUGCUCCUUGUCCUGGGUACCCCAGUACUGGAGCCCCAAAGCCUGGAAGAGAAGCUCUCCAAGUCACGGGCUACCAAGUGACAAGAGAGUUGCUAUGGCAAAAGUCUUCAGGGACACAGAAUCCCUGAGCUGCCUGAGAAGAACCCUCUUUCUCAGCUCUAGUCCGUUUACAUAGCCUCUGGCCUACUGAGUCAACACAGUCCUGGAAUGACAUGUAUUGAGGUUGGCAGCAGCCCCGCUUGUAGAUUAUACAACCUCUACUAAUCAGCUGUUCAGACUAGUUAACAUUAAAAUCCUUGGGACCAUUAAUAAUUAGAGAUUAUGGAAUAUUUGCUUACAUCUCUCCAACCUACUAGUAACAGGAGUUGAGUACCGUUUCUGUGUUUGAUCCACAGAACAACGUGGAGAUAAUGCGUUGAGUCAGCUGCUCCCAGUCCCACCCUGGUUCUUUGUUUAGGAGUAUUGACACAUUUUUGGUCCAUGGCAUAUUGUGGGCAGCAGAGCUUUCUGUGAGGGCAGCUAGACUAGUCCGUUGUCAUAUCCAAUCUAGCAGCACAUAUAUCCUUGUCUUUAUAAAAGGCUUUAACCCUGCCUCAAACAAUAAAAAAGCACUUGUGAACUGACCGCAGAAUUUUUCCAUCUUUAUUUUUCUUACUUGUUUACUUUUCUUAAUGUCAGAACCAUUUGUAUCAUACGCAGGAAUGUCUCCCUCAGUGUGAGCUUUGGAAGGAAAAAAAAAUAUUUUUGGAGUGAGUUAUUGACCAUGUUGUUUCCUUCUCUUAAGCUUGUUUAUUUUCUUGCAGAAUAGUAUAAUAACUUUAAUUAAGAUUAGCUUUAAUUAUAAUUUACGUAAAGGCCAUCACUGUGGUAUAUUCAUCUUAUUGAUAGAAUUAUAGCAACUUGUUUCUCGCAAGCAGGGAUAAUGAUAAUCAAUCAGCGUUGGGUUGUUUACAGCUCCACUGUUUGUUAAGCAAGAUCUGCUGUAUUAGAGCUAUACUUCGGUCCGAAUUGGCAGGGGAGAAAGCCUUCCUGUAUGUUUAUCUUAAAUCUGUAGGGAUAUCCUAAAUCUUAUUUUUCACAUUAGAAAAUUAGAAGGUAAUAAAUUUUAAGUACAGACAUAGCUCAGACCCCCUUUAUACCUGGUUCUUUCUUCCUUUUAGCCUAGUCCAGUGAGUUUAUCCUUUGAGGCUUAGGGUAUCUAAUGUCCCAUCUCCCCUCACCGGGGAUGCUGAUCUGAGUAGUGAGACCCCUUGCAAAAUAUGACUACUCUGGAGUUCUCUCUGUAGAGCCUCAGCCAUGUCAAGGAAACUAUCUGCCUCUCAAGUAGCAUAAUUUUAUAGAACAAUUUGUUCUUCAGGGAAUAAUGUUUUAGGUUGUGGGGGAAUCCUAUUAAAAGUACAACUAUUGCAAUCAUUUGCUUUUACUCUUCCCAGCCUUGCUCAUAAACCCUCCAUCUGUUUGUUGCUUUAAAUAGAAGCACA